CGGAGUAGAGGAAAAACUGCAGUGGAGGAUGAAGACAGUAUGGAUGGUUUGGAGGCAGCAGAAACAGAAAACACUGUGGAAACAGAAGUCAAAGAGCAAUCUGCAGAAGAGGAUGCCCAAACGGAAGGAGACAGCACCAAGCAGCUAACACCAGUCCUUCAGCGCUCGGUAUCGGAGGAGUCUGCGAGCUCCACUGCCUCCGUGGGUGUGGAAGCUAAAACCAGCGAACAACUCUGCGCCUUUUGUUACUGUGGAGAACGGAGCUCAUUAGGACAAGGAGACUUAAAACAAUUCAGUCCAACUCCUGGGUAUGUUAUCCCAUGGAAAAACCAGCCUUUAAAUAAGAGUGAAGCCAGCGACAGCACCGAUGGAGCUUGUGAGAGAACUCCAAGGCAAAACUCAGUGCCGCGCAAACAAAGAGGACAGAAGAAAUCUCGAUCGAGUACAUCAUGUACAAGUGUAAGCACCCAAACUGCUUCUGAUGAUCAGGUUGUCAAAUUCUGGGAUGAACUCAGUUUAGUUGGCUUACCAGAUGACAUUGAUGUUCAAGCCUUAUUUGAGCCAACAGGUCAUUGCUGGGCUCAUCACCGCUGUGCGGAGUGGUCAUUGGGAGUCUGCCAGACUGAAGAGCAGCUAUCGGUGAACGUGGACAAAGCUGUUGUCUCAGGGAGCACAGAACGAUGUGCAUAUUGUAAGCACCUUGGAGCCACUAUCAAAUGCUGUGAAGAGAAAUGUACCCAGAUGUACCAUUACCCCUGUGCUGCUGGAGCAGGCACAUUUCAGGAUUUCAGUAACUUGUCCCUCCUUUGUCCAGACCACAUUGAUCAGGCUCCUGAAAGAUCAAAGGAAGAAGCAAAUUGUGCAGUGUGCGACAGCCCUGGAGACCUCUUAGAUCAACUUUUUUGUACUACCUGUGGCCAGCACUACCAUGGGAUGUGCCUGGACAUACAAGUUACACCUUUAAAACGAGCAGGUUGGCAGUGUCCUGAUUGCAAAGUGUGCCAGAACUGCAAACAUUCUGGGGAAGACAACAAGAUGCUGGUGUGUGAUACAUGCGACAAAGGCUACCAUACUUUCUGUCUACAACCAGUUAUGGAUGCUGUACCAACAAAUGGUUGGAAAUGUAAAAACUGUAGAGUAUGUGCUGAGUGUGGCACACGAACAAGUUGUCAGUGGCACCAUAAUUGUUUGGUAUGUGACAGUUGUUACCAACAGCAAGACAACUUAUCUUGUCCUUUCUGUGAAAAACUGUGCCUCCAAGACUUCCAGAAAGAUAUGUUGCAUUGUCACAUGUGCAAAAGGUGGAUUCACAUAGAAUGUGACAGAUCUCCAGGUAGUGAAUUGGAGUCUCAGUUCAAAGACUACAUCUGCACUCUUUGUAAACAAGGAGAAGGGGAUCAGACUCAGUCAUGUGAUGUAAUGGACACUUCUGAACUCAUUCCUGAGCCUGACAGUAUAACAGCUUGUACAAAUGAAAUUGAAAUGGAAAGUGGUGGAGAGGAUGCGACAUUUCAGGAACAACCCAUUCCUGGUGAUGGCCCUGAUCAAGAAUCAGCUGUUGGGUGUGUCACAGAUGUUACAGGCAUAUCACCAGAAGAGAAGACCACAGAACUGGAAACAGAAGUCUCUGUUGAAAUUAAUUCAGCUGAAAUGGAAAUGUCUCCUAAAAAGACACCAGCAUCUGGUGACAGUCAGACUGAGAAAAUGAUGGAAGUGACGGAAGGUGUUCAAGCUGUAAUACAGCAGGAGUUAGACAAACAAGUGGAAGAGACACAGCUACCACAAGGUAGUGAGGAGGUGUCAGAAGUAUCCACAGUAGACUCUCAGUCUCUGUCUUCAGUACCUGAGGCUGUAACUGUGACACCAGAAAUACAGGAGACUGAAAGUAAAGGAGAUAUUUGUAUCCCUGUAGAACAACAACUGGAAAUAAUAAAAGCGCAGAACGAUGUAGAAAAAGGAGAAACCCAUGAAAAGUCAGAAACACCAGCUCUUCUAGAAGUAGAAACUACUUCUGCAAAUGAAGGUGUUGCAAGUAGUUCACCAGUUGGAGACAAACCCAUGAAAUCACCAGCUGAGACUUACCCCUCACUUCCCUCAUCAGUUAAUAUAAACAAGACAAAUGUGUCUUCCUCACCAGAUGUUUCUUUAGACUUGCAUUCUGCACGAGAUGUACAGCACAGUCAGCCCCCAGCAUUGCCUUCCACUGCUGGAAGCGCUCUCCCAACGACUUACAUAUCAGUCACUCCAAAAAUUGGCAUGGGAAAACCAGCCAUCACCAAACGCAAGUUUUCUCCUGGAAGACCCAGAUCGAGACAGGGGGCUUGGAGUACCAAUAAUACAGUCAGCCCACCUUCCUGGUCCCCAGACAUUUCAGAAGGUCGGGACAUUUUUAAAUCCAGACAGCUUCCUGGCAGUGCCAUUUGGAGCAUCAAAGUGGGCCGUGGAUCAGGAUUCCCAGGGAAGCGGAGGCCACGUGGUGCAGGUCUUUCAGGAAGAGGUGGCAGGGGUAGAUCAAAACUGAAGAAUGGAGUUGGGACUGUAGUCAUUCCAGGGGUCACAACUAUGGAUAUUUCAUCUAACAAAGAUGAGGAAGAAAAUUCAAUGCAUAAUACAGUUGUCCUCUUCUCUAACAGUGACAAGUUCACUCUCCAUCAGGAUAUGUGUGUAGUUUGUGGGAGUUUUGGCCAAGGUGCUGAGGGCAGGUUGCUUGCCUGUUCUCAAUGUGGUCAGUGUUACCAUCCAUACUGUGUCAGUAUUAAGAUUACUAAAGUGGUGCUUAGCAAAGGUUGGAGGUGCCUGGAGUGCACAGUGUGUGAAGCCUGUGGGAAGGCGACAGAUCCAGGAAGACUGCUUCUCUGCGAUGACUGCGACAUCAGCUACCACACGUACUGCUUAGACCCACCCCUGCAGACGGUUCCGAAGGGAGGCUGGAAGUGCAAAUGGUGUGUUUGGUGCAGACACUGUGGAGCAACUUCUCCAGGUUUAAGAUGUGAAUGGCAAAAUAAUUACACACAGUGUGCUCCCUGCGCAAGUUUGUCUACCUGCCCAAUCUGCUAUCGCACUUACAGGGAUGAAGAGCUUAUAAUUCAGUGUAGACAAUGCGAUCGAUGGAUGCAUGCAAUCUGUCAGAACUUAAACACAGAGGAGGAAGUGGAAAGCAUAGCUGAUAUGGGUUUUGACUGUACCAUUUGUAGGCCAUACAUACCACCAACAAACGUGCCUUCUUUGGACUGUUGUGAUUCAUCAGUUGGAGCUCAGAUUAUUUCAAAAUCAAAAGACCUAGACCCGCCGAAGACAUACACCCAGGAUGGAGUCUGCUUGACAGAAUCCGGCAUGUCUCAGUUACAGAGCCUAACUGUUACAGUACCGAGAAGAAAACGGACGAAACCAAAGCUGAAACUGAAAAUUAUAAAUCAGAACAGUGUGGCUGUGCUUCAGACACCCCCAGAUGCCCAGUCAGAGCACUCAAGAGAUGGGGAGAUGGAUGACAGUAGAGAAGGUGAUCUUAUGGAUUGUGAUGGAAAAUCAGAUUCCAGCCCAGAACGGGAAGCUGUGGAUGAUGAUUCCAAAGUGGCAGAAGGAGCUGAUGGGAUUAAAAAAAGGAAGCGAAAACCAUAUAGACCUGGUAUUGGUGGAUUUAUGGUACGUCAAAGAAGCCGUACGGGGCAGGGGAAGACUAAAAGAUCUCUCUCCAGGAAAGAUUCUUCUGGAUCUGUUUCUGAGCAGUUGCCUGGCAGAGAUGAAGGUUGGACAGAACAGCUGCCAGACACUCCAGUUGAGGAGUCUACCCCAGCUUCUGAAAGUACUGAGAAAAUAAAAAAGCGUUACAGAAAAAAGAAAAAUAAACUUGAAGAAACCUUUCCUGCCUACUUGCAGGAAGCUUUCUUCGGGAAAGACCUACUAGAUACCAGUAGACAAAACAAGAUGAGCCUAGAUAAUUUACCUGAAGAAUCAGUUCCACUCUCGUGUAAAACAAAUCUGACCACCAAUUUCCUGGAUCCUUCCUCUGACCCCCUUCUUAGCUCAACUUCCACGCCAGCACAGGCAAAACUGGGACCUCAAGGUAGCGCCGAUGAUCCUUUAGCCGAUCUUUCUGAGGUCUUAAAUACUGAUGAUGAUAUUCUUGGAAUACUUUCUGACGACUUGGUAAAGUCUGGAGAUCAUUCGGCUGGAUUGGAUAUUGGUCCCAUCUCUGAUGAUCCUUCUUCUCUGCCUCAGCCGAAUGCCAACCAGAGUUCACGGCCAUUGAGUGAAGAACAGUUGGAUGGAAUCCUCAGUCCAGAAUUAGACAAAAUGGUCACAGAUGGUGCUAUUCUUGGCAAACUGUACAAAAUCCCAGAGCUAGGAGGAAAGGAUGUUGAAGAUUUGUUCACAGCUGUGUUAAGUCCAGCAACCACGCAGCCAGCUCCUUUGCCACAGCCUCCACCUCCACCACAACUUAUGUCUUUGCACAGAGAGAACGCGUUUCCCAGAGUGCCCCUUAUGAAUGGUCUGAUUGGCCCUAACCCUCACCUCCCUCAUACAGCUUUGGCUGCUGGAGGUGGACUGGGCACUUUCUCUCCCAUUACACAGCAACCAUAUGCUGAUACCAGGGAUAAGAAUCCAGCGUUCAAUCCAAUGGUAACUGAUCCAAACAGCUCAUGGGCACCAUCUGCUCCACCUUUGGAAGGUGAAGGCGAUACAAUGUCCAAUGCUCAAAGAAGCACUCUGAAGUGGGAAAAAGAAGAAGCUUUGGGUGAAAUGGCAACAGUAGCACCUGUUCUCUAUACAAAUAUUAACUUCCCUAACCUGAAGGAAGAAUUCCCAGACUGGGCUACAAGAGUGAAGCAGAUUGCUAAACUGUGGAGAAAAGCAAGCUCACAGGAGAGGGCUCCGUAUGUGCAAAAAGCCAGAGAUAAUAGAGCUGCUUUGCGCAUCAAUAAAGUACAGAUGUCAAAUGACUCCAUGAAAAGGCAGCAGCAACAGGAUAGUAUUGAUCCUAGCUCACGCAUCGACUCCGACCUCUUUAAAGAUCCAUUAAAACAGAGGGAAUCAGAACAUGAGCAGGUGAAAUUCAGACAGCAAAUGCGGCAAAAAAGUAAGCAGCAAGCCAAAAUAGAAGCCACGCAGAAGCUCGAACAAGUGAAAAAUGAGCAGCAGCAACAGCAGCAGCAACAGCAGCAGCAGCAGUUUGGUUCACAACAGCUUCUGAACCAGUCUGGCUCGGACACACCUAGCAGUGGGAUCCAGAGCCCCUUAACGCCACAGACUGGCAAUGGAAGUAUGUCUCCUGCACAGCAGACAUUCCAUAAGGAUCUAUUUUCAAAGCAGCAGCUACCUGCUACGCCUACAUCAGCAUCCUCAGAUGACGUGUUCCUAAAACCACAAGCCCCACCUCCUACUCCAACCCGAAUCCCGGUACACGAUUCGCUGUCUCAGUCUCAGACUCCUCAGACAUCAUCACAGCAGAUGUUUUCUCCAGGUUCCACAAACACAAGACCUCCUUCUCCAUUGGAUCCAUAUGCCAAAAUGGUGGGAACACCUAGACCAGCACCCAUUAACCAAAACUUUGUUAGAAGAAAUACCAUUGCGCCGUUAGAUACUUGUGCACCACAGUCAUCCAUAUCUCGGCCCAUUCAGGUAACUGAACCAUCAGGAAGCAGGCCUUCACCAGUCAGGGAUUCGUGUUCUUCAUCUCCAGGUAGCAGUGAUCCCUAUGCAAAGCCACCAGACACACCCAGGCCUGUCAUGCCAUCAGAGCAGUUCUCCAAACCAUUGGGGGUCCCAAGAUCACCCGUAGUUAUGGAACAGUCAGGGAAGGUUCCUUUAACAGCUGGAAGCAGCGAUCCAUUUACUAAGCCAGCUCCUAGAACUGAUACGUUUCAGAGACAGAGAGUAGCUUCUGCUGAUGCGUAUGCGCGGCCACCGUUGACUCCUACUCCUACUCCUGUUGAUGGUAGCCCUGGACCUUUUAAAACUCCUAUGCGCCCACCUCAGUCCCCACAAGAUCCUUACGCAUCAAUGCCAGCUACACCAAGGCGUGUUGCUGUUGAUCCAUACGAAAGGCCCGCUUUGACACCAAGGCCAGUGGAUAACUUCUCCCAUAAUCAGCCUAAUGACCCAUACAGCCAGCCUCCCCUUACUCCCCAUCCUGCAAUAAAGGAGACUUUUGCCCAUCCACCCCGGAUAGCGCGACAACAGAGUGAUUCCUUCCCUCAAUCUGGACCCAUUUCAAGGCCAGCUUCUCAGGACCCUUACUCCCAGCCUCCAGGUACUCCUCGGCCAGUUGCUGAUCCUUAUGCCCAACCACCAGGAACUCCUCGGCCCACCACAGUUGAUCCAUAUAUGCAGCAGCCACCAACACCGAGACCUGCUCAGCCAGCGGAUUUAUUUGCUCAGUCCCCAGCAAAUCAGAGACAUUCUGAUCCGUAUGCUCAACCUCCUGGAACACCAAGGCCGGUUCUCAAUGAUCCUUAUUCUCAGCAACCAGCAACUCCAAGGCCAGGGAUCCCAGAGAGUUUUAACAGACCUGCAAUGACAAGACCAGGAGUAAUACCAAAUAGAGAUCCUUUCCUGCAGACACCACAGAACAGGUUGCAGGGCACUUUUGUCAGGCCAUCCGAUCCAUGUUCUCAAACUCCCAGACCUGCAGGACCUGCAAUAACGGAUUCAUUUAGCCAUGGUCCAGCUGCUCCAGCACGUGACCCAUAUGAUCAGCCACCAAUGACUCCAAGACCUCAGCCAGAAUCUUUUGGAACUGGUCAACUGGCCCAUGAUGCUGCUGAGCAGCCACGGCCUGGAUCUGAGGGCAACUUUAAUGCAUCUGGAAAUUCUCCGAUGAGUUCUCAAGGACAACAGUUUCCCAAAGUCUCACAAGUUCCUGGCCCAGCACCCACUACAGGAGUAACAGAUACGCAGAAUACCAUGAAUAUGUCUCAAGCAGACACUGAGAAGUUAAGACAGCGCCAGAAAUUACGUGAAAUUAUUCUACAGCAACAGCAGCAGAAGAAGAACGCGGUUCGUCAGGAAAAAGCCUUGCAGGAGGCAGCAGCUCCUACCCAUGCAACUCCUCUUCAGCAUUGGCAGCAAGACAACUUAAAUCCGAUUUUUAACCGCCCUCCUCCUCCGUAUCCUGGGAAUAUUAGAUCCUCCGUUGUCCCUCCAGGUGGUCCAGGCGAUAUGAAUGCCAUGGGGAUGAGACCUCACGGUCUUAGAUACGGGUUCCCAGGAGGUGGCCAUGGUCCACCGUCAGGUCAAGAACGUUUCCUCGGUCCUCCGCAGCCAAUGCAACGCCCUGGAGUUCCACCACAGCUGAGAAGAUCUCUGUCUAUUGAUAUGCCUCGGCCAGUGAACAAUCCACAAAUAAAUAAUACAUCAGGGAUCUCUCAACAUUUUCCUCCACAGGGAAUUCCAGUUCAGCAGCACAACAUAUUGGGUCAGGCGUUUAUCGAGUUACGUCACAGAGCUCCUGAUGGGAGGCCAAGGCUGCCUUUUAAUCCUUCGGCUGCAAAUGUUAUGGAUGCAGCAGCACAACAUCAACGACACGCAGGGUUUAUACCCAGGCAGGAGUUUCCGGGCCCAAGGCAGGCAGAACCACUGAGACAUAAUUCUCAAGGUAUACCUAACCAGUUGCAGAUGUCUACAAGUUUGGAGCACAUGUCGCAAUCCCAGCAGGAUCAAAUCAAUCCUGACAACCCACCUGCACUUGUAAUACGUUCUCUAAGUCAUCCACCAGUUGCUGAUGCAUUCCCAGGACCAUCUUUGUCUACAUCUGCACCAAGCGAUGAAUCUGCAAAUUUACAGAUUUCCAACCAGCCAAGUGAUGGUCUGGAAGAAAAGCUUGAUCCUGAUGAUCCUGCUGUAAAAGAUUUGGAUGUGAAAGACCUUGACGGGGUUGAAGUCAAGGAUUUAGAUGAUGAGGAUUUGGAAAAUUUGAAUCUAGACACAGAGGAUGGGAAAGGAGAUGAACUGGACACUUUAGAUAAUUUGGAAACCAAUGAUCCUCACCUUGAUGAUCUUCUAAGAUCUGGGGAAUUUGAUAUAAUUGCAUAUACAGACCCAGAACUUGAUGUGGGGGAUAAGAAAGGAAUGUUUAAUGAAGAACUAGAUCUUAGUGUCCCCAUUGAUGACAAACUAGAUAUCCAGGGCAAGACAGAAGAACCAAAACCAAAAGAACAAGGUGAUAAAACUGUUUCUCCUCCUCAGACUCAAUCUCCACAGAAGAAAUCUGCUACAGAAAAUGAAAUUAAAACAGAAGUACUUUCCCCAAACACUCAGGAGGAAAAGAAGAAUGAAAAUGAAAAAAGUGGUGGAAAUGCUGAAUCCACAAGUACUCAACAGGUUGCUGAAGUGGAGUUAAAGGAUGGAGAAAAGGCUCCUGUGCAGCCUGCUAACCCAGAAUUCGCUGACAAAACUACUGCUGUUCCUAGUCAAGAAACAACUGUGCCUAGUCCAGAUGCUCAGGGAUCUGCUCCACUGCCUGUUCAAGCAGCAGUAAGUUCCUGCAGUAUUUCUGGGUCCACACCAGUCCUUUCAAGUUUGCUAGCUAAUGAAAGCUCAGAUAAUGCUGAAGCAAGGACUCUAGGAUCUCCAUCUCAGUCUUUGCCAACAGCACAAAUGAACCAUGCAUCAGGUAUUCCACAAACACUAAUGACACCUGGUGGACAGAUCUUGGAAAACACUUUAAAUUCAAAUUUGUCCAUGGUUCCACGAAUGAACCAUAAUUUUUCUCAAGGGUCACCAAAUCCAGGAUUUAUUCAGGGUCAAUCAUCUAAUCAUAACUUUGGGACGGGACAGACAUCUAAUCAAACUGUGGCUGUAACAAACCGUCCUGGUCCUAGUGGCAUAUCUGGUCCCCAGCAGAUGAUGCUCCCUCAGCCAUUAGCUCAACAACAAAAUCGAGAAAGACCACUUCUGCUAGAGGAACAGCCACUUCUUCUGCAGGACCUUUUGGAUCAGGAAAGACAGGAGCAGCAGCAGCAGCGACAGAUGCAAGCCAUGAUUCGCCAACGUUCAGAGCCAUUUUUCCCCAAUAUCGACUUCGAUGCAAUUACUGAUCCCAUAAUGAAAGCAAAAAUGGUAGCUCUUAAGGGGAUCAAUAAAGUCAUGGCACAGAGUAACAUGGGGAUGCCACCAAUGGUUAUGAACAGGUUUCCCUUUAUGGGUCAGCCAGUGCCAGGGGCUCAGACCAGUGAAGGCCAAAAUCAUAUGCAGCAGGCAAUUACACAGGACGGAAGUUUGACACCUCAGAUUUCUAGACCUAAUCCUCCCAAUUUUGGUCCUGGUUUUGUCAAUGAUUCACAAAGAAAGCAAUAUGAGGAAUGGCUGCAAGAAACACAACAGCUUCUUCAAAUGCAGCAGAAGUACCUUGAGGAGCAAAUUGGAGCACACAGAAAAUCAAAAAAGGCACUCUCAGCAAAACAGCGUACGGCCAAGAAAGCUGGCCGUGAGUUCCCAGAAGAAGAUGCAGAACAGCUUAAACACGUUACUGAGCAGCAAAGUAUGGUCCAAAAACAGCUAGAACAGAUUCGAAAGCAGCAGAAAGAGCAUGCAGAACUAAUUGAGGAAUAUCGAAUCAAGCAGCAGCAGCAGCAGCAGCAGUGUGGAAUGGCACCCCAUGCUAUAAUGCCAGGCAUCCAGGCUCAACCACCAAUGGUUCCAGGAGGAACAUCACCAGCAAUGAAUCAGCAAAACUUCCCCAUGGUGGCACCGCAGCUCCAGCAUCAACAACAUACAGUGGUAAUCCCUGGGCAGUCCAACCCAACCAGAAUGCCGAAUUUAUCUGGCUGGCAAUCUGCAAAUGCCCCUGCAAGUCAUAUUUCCAUGAAUCCAGCAAGGAUGCAGCCUCCAAUGACACCGUUGCCAAUUACUCCCAGUACACCAGCUCCUGUGCCUGGUCCAAAUGCAACUGCACAGUCAGGGCCACCACCAAGGGUGGAGUUUGAGGACAAUAACCCUUUUAGUGAAAGUUUUCAAGAGCGGGAAAGAAAGGAGCGUUUACGAGAGCAACAGGAACGGCAGCGCAUUCAGCUUAUGCAGGAGGUAGAUCGACAGAGAGCUUUACAGCAGAGAAUGGAACUGGAACAGCACGGUAUGAUAGGGUCUGAAUUAAAUAACAAAGCGUCCUUAUCUCAGAUACCUUUCUUUAAUUCUGAUCUACCUUGUGAUUUUGUACAAACUCCACGACCUCUUCAGCAGUCUCCGCAGCAUCAACAGCAACAAAUGGGGCAAAUUCUGCAACAAGGUCCUGUGACCUCGCCUCCUGCCACAAAUUUUAUGCAAGGCAGUGAGCGAAGGCCAGUGGGACCUACCGCUUUUGGACCUGAUGCAUCUGCUGUCCCAGGUGCAACCCCUAAUUUCCAUAAUGUAAAACAAACUCAUGGGAAUCUCCCCGGGGCCACCUUUACGCAGAACCAAGUCAGGCCUCCAUUUGCUUCUGCUGUACCUCCAUCUGCAGUACUCGGUAGUGGUGCCCCCUGUGGUUCGGACACUAGUGUGCCCCAGGCAACAAACUUCCCUGGAUCGAGCCAGUCUCUCAUCCAGCUGUAUUCCGACAUAAUCCCAGAAGAGAAAGGAAAAAAGAAAAGAACACGAAAAAAGAAAAAGGACGAGGAUGCCGAGUCAAUAAAAGCCCCGUCAACUCCACAUUCAGAUAUAACUGCACCAUCAACUCCAACCAUUUCUGAUUCUACCUCCACCCCCACAGUUAACACCCCCAAUGAACUUUCACGUCAUCAAGAUGAACAAGAGGCAGUGGAGUUAACGGGCCCAUCGACAUCAAACACAGGAGAGAGCCAGACCUCUCCAGAGCUGGAAUCUAAGCUCCCCAGCAGCAGUCUGCCGCAGAAGCAGCCCAGCGUAAACACAGAGACUGAAAAGCCUAAAACAGAUACGCCUACCAGCAUUCAAGAAGUUAAACUAGAAAAGGCAGAAACUGAUCAAUGCUCAGGUCAAGCUGAGCCUAAACCAGAAAAUCCAAGCAGUAUUAAGGUGGAAGAAGAUAAGGUCACAUCACAGUCUGCCUCGUCGGCUCAGAGUCCAGCACAACCAGCUAGCGUUCCGGCAGCAAAAGGAGAGUCAGGGAACGAACUGCUGAAACACCUGCUUAAAAAUAAGAAGGCCUCAUCUCUUCUAAAUCAGAAAUCGGAGAACAGCGGCCGAACAGAAGAGGAGGCUUCUGGGGAUAAAAAGUUAACGGAGAAGCAGAAUCCAGCUGAAGGAAUGCAAACUGCAGGAAACCAGAUGCAAGGUGCGUUUGGGUGUAGUAACAGCCAGCUUCAAAGAACAGAUGUAGGACCUGAAACCAAGAAGCAGAGAAAUAAGCGAACUCAGAGGACGGGAGAGAAGGCAGCUCCUCGGUCCAAGAAAAGAAAAAAAGAGGAAGAAGAAAAGCAAGCUAUUUACCCUAACGCUGAUACAUUCAUCCAGUUAAAACAGCAGAAUAACCUGAGCAAUCCUCCGACACCCCCAGCCUCUCUUCCUCCCACACCACCUCCAGUGGCGUGCCAGAAAUUGGUAAAUGGCUUCGCAACCACUGAGGAACUUGCUGGCAAGGCUGGUAUGUUAGGAGGUCAUGAUGUUACCAAAGCUCUGGGACCAAAGCAGUUCCAGUUGCCUUUCAGACCACAAGAUGAUUUAUUAGCAAGAGCAAUGGCUCAGGGUCCUAAAACUGUGGAUGUUCCUGCUUCACUUCCAACACCACCUCACAACAAUCAGGAGGAGUUAAGGGUUCAAGAUCACUGUGAGGACAGGGACACUCCCGACAGCUUUGUUCCUUCUUCCUCUCCUGAAAGUGUGGUGGGAAUGGAAAUAAGUAGGUAUCCAGACUUGUCAGUUGUAAAGGAGGAGAACCCAGAACCUGUACCAUCUCCCAUCAUUCCCAUCCUACCAAGCAGUACUGGAAAAGGUUCAGAAGCCAAAAGAAAUUAUAUAAAAUCAGAACCCGGUUCAGGAGCGUUGCCUGGUUCUGGCUUCUUUGCCUCUCAGCUUGGACCAUCCCAGAAUGGUCCUAAAUCUGGCCUUAUAUCUGUAGCAAUUACUUUACAUCCCACAGCUGCUGAGAACAUUAGUAGCGUUGUAGCGGCAUUCUCCAACCUGCUUCACGUCAGAAUUCCCAACAGUUAUGAGGUUAGUAAUGCUCCAGACGUCCCAUCCUCCAUGGCAGCUGCCAACAGUCACAGAGUGAACACGUCUAUGGAGUACAGACCACACUUACUGCUUCAGGGUCCUCAGGCAGGAUCCAUGGGACCUGCCAGGAUUGUGGGGUCUUACGGACUGAAACAACCUAAUGUGCCAUUUCCUGCAAACAGCAAUGGCGUAGCUGGCUAUAAGGAUCACGGUCAGAAUAUUGCAGAAGGCUCAGCAUUGAGACCUCGAUGGUGCUCUCAUUGCAAAGUUGUGGUUCUUGGUAGCGGUGUGCGGAAGUCCUUCAAAGACCUGCCUUUCCUUAAACAGGAUUCCCAAGAAGGCUCUGAUAAAAUGAAGGACAUCGUAUUCUGUAGCAACAACUGCUUUCUUCUUUAUUCAGCAGCUGUGCAAGCAAAAACCUCAGAGAACAAAGAAUCAGUUCCGUCUUUGCCGCAGUCGCCGAUGAAAGACAGGCCGCCUAAAGCAUUCCAUCAGUACAGCAACAACAUCUCCACGCUGGACGUCCACUGUCUGCCUCAGUUGCAGGAGAAAGUUUCUCCCCCGUCAUCACCCCCCAUCAUGUUCCCCCCUGCGUUUGAAGCAGCCAAGGUAGAGGCGAAACCCGAUGAGCUUAAGGUAACGGUGAAGCUAAAACCUAGGUUAAAAGCAAUACACGGUAGUCUUGACGACUGUCGGCCUCCAAGUAAGAAAUGGAAAGGUAUGAAAUGGAAGAAGUGGAGCAUUCAGAUCGUGAUUCCUAAAGGAUCAUUCAAAUCUCCUUGCGAAGAAGAAAUAGAUGAAUUUCUUAAAAAACUGGGCACAACCCUUAAACCAGAUCCUGUGCCUAAAGACUAUAGGAAAUGUUGCUUCUGUCACGAGGAAGGUGAUGGAUUAACUGAUGGACCAGCAAGGCUUCUUAACCUGGAUUUAGACCUUUGGGUCCAUUUGAACUGUGCUCUUUGGUCUACAGAAGUCUACGAGACACAAGCUGGUGCCUUAAUAAAUGUGGAACUAGCACUGCGGAGAGGCUUGCAAAUGAAAUGCAUGUUUUGUCACAAAAUGGGUGCCACCAGCGGUUGUCACAGGUUAAGGUGCACCAAUAUUUAUCACUUUACCUGUGCCAUUAAAGCACAAUGUAUGUUUUUUAAAGACAAGACCAUGCUUUGCCCCAUGCACAAACCAAAGGGAACUCAUGAGCAAGAGCUUAGUUACUUUGCAGUCUUCAGGAGGGUCUACGUUCAGCGGGACGAAGUGCGGCAGAUCGCCAGCAUCGUUCAGCGAGGAGAACGUGACCACACUUUCCGCGUGGGAAGCCUGAUUUUCCAUGCAGUUGGUCAGCUGCUGCCACAGCAGAUGCAGGCCUUCCACUCCUCAAAGGCCCUCUUCCCCGUGGGUUACGAGGCCAGCCGGUUGUACUGGAGCAUGAGAUACGCAAACAGACGCUGUCGCUAUCUCUGUUCGAUUGAGGAGAAGGACGGGCUCCCGUUAUUUGUCAUCAAGGUUGUGGAGCAAGGCCAUGAAGAUCUGGUCCUUACUGACACAACACCAAAAGGUGUGUGGGAUAAAAUCUUGGAGCCCGUUGCUUCUGUUAGAAAAGAAUCUGAAAUGCUCCAGCUGUUUCCCGGCUAUUUGAAGGGUGAAGACCUCUUUGGUUUGACAGUCUCUGCAGUGGCCAGGAUUGCCGAAUCGCUGCCAGGGGUUGAGGCCUGCGAGAACUACACUUUCCGCUAUGGCCGAAACCCCUUAAUGGAACUCCCUCUUGCCAUCAACCCCACGGGCUGUGCCCGUGCCGAGCCUAAAAUGAGUACCCAUGUCAAGAGGUUUGUGUUAAGGCCUCACACCUUGAAUAGCACCAGCACAUCGAAGUCAUUUCAGAGCACAGUUACGGGAGAACUGAACGCGCCUUACAGUAAGCAGUUCGUCCAUUCCAAGUCCUCUCAGUACCGCAAAAUGAAAACCGAAUGGAAGUCCAACGUGUAUCUAGCUCGCUCUCGUAUUCAGGGCCUGGGCUUAUAUGCUGCUAGAGACAUUGAAAAGCACACUAUGGUCAUUGAAUAUAUCGGAACUAUUAUCCGGAAUGAGGUAGCAAACAGGAAAGAGAAGCUUUAUGAAUCUCAGAAUCGCGGCGUGUACAUGUUCCGCAUUGACAAUGACCACGUCAUCGAUGCCACGCUGACGGGAGGCCCUGCGAGGUACAUCAACCAUUCGUGCGCACCGAAUUGCGUGGCUGAGGUGGUGACUUUUGAGAGAGGACACAAAAUUAUCAUUAGCUCCAGCAGGAGAAUCCAGAAGGGGGAGGAGCUGUGCUAUGACUAUAAGUUUGAUUUUGAAGAUGACCAGCACAAGAUUCCAUGUCACUGUGGAGCUGUAAACUGCCGAAAGUGGAUGAACUAGAAUGCAUUCCUUGCUGUCUUUGAGGGUUGCUUGUCCCUAGGAAGAAGUGAUUCACGUUUUGAUUUUGUCGACAGAAAAUUGUUGCCUUUUUGAAGGGGAGAAAAAAAAAAAAAUCACUUCUGGAAGUACGGAUUUCUACUCAAGUAUUUCAAAAGGAAAAAAAAAACACCAAACAAGCACCAGAAGCAAGCCGGCAAAAUCCGAAGCAAACUUUCCAGACACAUGGAGGUUAAACUGAAUUAACAGAAUGGUCCAGCACUUUUGUUUUUGAGCUCACUAAGGAGAAACUGUGUAACUUGGGCAAAGAACCGAUGGCCGACCUGCGGGCGUGCAGGUGGGCAUCUAUGAAUGUAAGACUGAAAUCACCAGCGAAAGGGAGAAGUCCAAAGUGCUGGCCACAGCCUUAUUUGAUAAAGGGGCAGGCCCUCUAAUUAAAGAAAAAUUUUAAAUAAAAGUAGACACCACUGAACAAGGAAUGUACUGAAACGACUUCCUUAGGGAUAGAGCUAAGGGAAAAAAUAACUUGCACUAAAAUACAUUUAAAUACUUGAUUCCAUGAGUCAGUUUAUUGUAGUUUUUGAUUUCUGUAAAAUAAGAGAACCUUUUUGUAUUUAUUAUUGAAUAAGUGAAUGAAGCUAUUUUUAAAAAGAAAGUUAGAAGAAAGCCAAGCUGCUGCUGUUACCUGCAGAACUAACAAACUCUGUUACUUUGUACAAAAGUGUAAAUAUUUUGAGAAAAAAAAAUACAGUAUAAAAAUAGUUAUUGACCAAAUGCUACCAGACUCUGCAGCAGUUCGGGUGCUUAUUAUAAAACGUCAAUAGGGAUGUUACAAUAUGAGCUCAUGUAUUAACAGACACGUGGCUACAAUUACGGAAUAACCAAAAUCUCAGUUUAAAGAGAGCGGGGUUUUUUAUGUUUCAAGCAGUCUCAACUGUGGUCUUACGAGAAUUUUUUUAAGUAAACCUUAAGCCUGGUAAGGGCGUGUAUAUUACAACUCUGACUUUUGUAGAUGUUUGGGUAAUUUAGAUUAAUUUUAUUUGUAUUAUAUUGUUGCAUCCCUAUUUCUUAAGUCAGGUUUUUUGUGCUUACAAUUUGUGAUAACUGUGAAUAACUGCUAAAACCACCCAAAAUAGAGGCUGGACAUCGUUUUUUCUUCAGCAA